AGUUUGUUUGUUUUUUAUCGUUCUGAUCGAAGGUAUUUGAACUAACUGAUGUUUACAAUGAUAUUUGGAGGUGAUAAUUAUGCUCACCAGUGUCAAUUUGCAAUUAUAACGGGCUACGUUGGAUUACAAUUAAUAGGUGCAGGGAAGUGCCUUAUCAGUAAGGAGACGAUGGUGGAAGUGUUAGUUUCGAAUUGUGGAAAUCAAGAGUUUAAAAUGGCUAUUGAGUUUAAGGGGUGGUAUUUAUGAAGCAAUCAUGUCUAGGAGAAUAAAAGAAGUUUCACGGCAUAGACGGGUUUAUUUGAUGGAUUGCCCUUCAACUUUCAUUACAGGUCUAGGUCAAAGAUGAAGAUGGCCUUUUUGCUACGUAUUUAGUUUAAUUUUAAUGGCAUAAAUUUGAGGGUUUUUAACUCUCAAAUAAGUAAAAUAUGCGAGAUGGUGAUUUAAUGGGGAU